GCACGUCGGCAAACGAUGGGCUGACAAUUCCAUGCGACAACGACUCGCGAUACUCUUUCCCGUAGCUCUUCUAUCAACUCUCUUAUCUUCUCUCAAGAUUGUUCUCGUCAAUUGACGAUAUUAUCUGUGAACGACAGCGUACACGUGCUAUCACAAUUUUGGGAAUACGCAAGAAUGGAAGCCGAAGACUUUAAAAAAUUUGCCAAAGAAAUGAUAGAAUACAUCACUAAUUACUUGGAAAAUAUCAGAGAAAGGAGGGUUUUGCCGACAAUUGAACCGGGAUACAUGAAACCACUUUUACCCUCAGAAGCACCUCGUACUGCGGAAAAAUGGGAGGAUAUAAUGAGUGACGUAGAACGAGUGAUCAUGCCAGGAGUAACUCAUUGGCACAGUCCAAAAUUUCACGCUUAUUUCCCCACGGCUCAAUCAUAUCCAGCUAUUGUUGCAGACAUGUUGAGCGGAGCUAUUGCGUGCAUUGGAUUUACAUGGAUGGCUAGCCCAGCUUGUACGGAAUUAGAAGUGAUAAUGCUCGAUUGGUUAGGACAAAUGUUGGAUUUACCGAAAGAAUUUUUAGCUUGUAGCGGUGGCAAAGGUGGUGGUGUUAUUCAGGGAACUGCAAGCGAGGCAACUCUAGUCGCUUUGCUCGGAGCCAAAGCUAAGAAAAUUAAGGAAGUUAAAGAGCAGCAUCCUGAAUGGACCGACAACGAGAUCAUUGGGAAAAUGAUGGCUUACGGAUCCUGUCAAGCACAUAGUUCGGUCGAACGAGCUGGUCUUCUCGGUGGCGUAAAAUUCCGUCUAUUGAAGGUCGAUUCAAAAAACAAACUACGUGGCGAGACUUUAGCAGAGGCUAUUCGUGAAGACAAGGAGAAAGGACUUAUUCCAUUUUACGUCGUUGUUACCUUAGGAACAACAAGUUCUUGUGCUUUCGAUCGCUUAGACGAAUUAGGUCCAGUAGCUAAUCGUGAGUCCGUUUGGUUACAUGUAGACGCCGCAUAUGCAGGUUCAGCUUUCAUUUGUCCGGAAUUUCGUUAUUUAAUGAAGGGCAUCGAAAAAGCUGAUUCAUUUAAUUUUAAUCCACACAAAUGGAUGUUGGUUAACUUUGACUGUUCCACCAUGUGGUUUAAGGAUCCAACUUUCGUCAUUAACACGUUUAAUGUCGAUCCAUUGUACCUGCAACACGAAAUGCAAGGAUCAGCUCCAGAUUACAGACAUUGGCAAAUUCCACUCGGUCGUAGAUUCCGAGCACUUAAACUCUGGUUCGUUUUAAGAAUCUACGGGGUAGAAAAUCUACAGAAAUAUAUAAGAUCACACGUUGCUCAAGCUCAUGAAUUCGAAGCACUUGUUCUCUCCGAUUCCCGUUUCGAAAUCGUUGCUGAAGUUAUUCUUGGAUUAGUUUGCUUUAGAUUGAAGGCAUCUAAUGAUGUGAACGAGGCUCUUCUGAAGAGAAUAAAUGGCGCUGGAAAUAUUCAUUUGGUUCCAUCGAAGAUAAACGAUAUAUAUUUUCUUCGUUUAGCAAUAUGCUCACGGAUGAGCGAGAGCAGUGAUAUACUCUACUCAUGGAAGGAGAUUAAGCAGAGAGCCGAUGAAGUAUUGGAAGAGCAUUCGGUUUCCAAGUGAUGGCGCGCUCAAAUAACUCGUGGUUGCAGAUCGCUUGCACCAGCGACUUGUAAUCAAUCAUAAUUUUAUUUCUUCUUCGUAUAAGUCAUUUUUUGUUCCCUUUAGAAAUUCUUUUUCUUCCAAAAUUAUUAGUACGUUUUAUGUGGGAUUUAUCCUAUUGAAGUCGACAUUUUAAUAAUUUAACAGUAUUAUUUUAAUCAAUCAUCGUUUAUAUUAUAACGUAAAGAUUUAUGAAAUAGUUUAAUUAAUUUUAUAUGGAUGGAGAUCAAUGUGACGAAAUCGAAUAUUUUCACUAACAGUUCCUAUUGAUAUUUUCUGAUAUGUUUGCACAUAAUUUGCCACGAUAUAUAAGUAUAAUAAUGCUCACAUAUCAUUAAUAAAAAAUAUCUAUAUGUUAUUUUCUCUUAUAUAUAUAUAUUUUUUUUUUUUGAGAUCAUAUUAUAAAUAAUUAAAUUAUACGAUGUAUGUAUGUAAGAGAGUGUCAGAUACGAUCGAAGUAACGAGUUUGUUUGAAACGGUAACUAAAUGUUAUUAUAAUUUAUUAUUGUUUUAAUAGUUUAUUAUGAACUUGGUUGUGUAUUAUUGCCCACCGAAAUAUUUAAUACGCA